GCACACUACAUCUCAUUCUGGUAAAGUCUUGCUAACAUGAAACAGCUCUAGUACCAGUUUCUACAGCUGCUACCACCGUGGCCCUGUUUGGACGAUGAUUUUGUAUGGCCACAUUUGAAACGCCUGCAAUGAACUACUAAUUCUAUGGGCUGGAGUCUGGCCCCCCUGGAGGAUGGGGAAUGUGAUGCGAGGCGGGAGUUCCAACAAGGUCAACACUGAAAACCCUGACAGUGCUGUGAAGGGUUCUGAUGAUGACAUAGUAGUUGUGAUCGAGGAUUACCCCUCUGUGGAAAUCAGCGAGCCCAUCUACAGAAAAGGGGAGAAGCUCAGAGUCAUUGCACAGGAAGCUUACUGGUGGAGAGUUCGUGCUGUUGAGACAGGGAAGGAGAACUAUAUACCCAACAGCCAUGUAGUGAGGGUUUAUCAUGGGUGGCUAUUUGAGGGGGUGGGGAGGCAGAAAGCUGAAGAGCUGCUUCUUCUACCUGUGAACAGAGUGGGCUCCUUUCUGGUGCGGGAAAGCACUAGAGAGAGAGGUCUGUAUUCGCUCUCAGUGAAGCACAGGACAGUAAAGCACUAUCAAAUCUUCCGACUGGACAACAGCUGGUACUACAUCUCCCCGAAGCUCACUUUCCAAUGCCUUGAAGAUAUGAUCAAUCAUUAUUCUGACUCUGCAGAUGGACUGUGCUGCACGCUAACCACUCCAUGUCUAUCAGGAACAGCUGAGAUGUCAGAUACGAACCCUGGACUGCCACCCGUGGUCAUGCGACGACACUUUGAUUGGAAGAAAGUAGACAGGAAACAGCUGGUCAGCACAGACAGCCACAGUGACAACAUGGUGAGCUACGGAGUGAGAAACAGCAUUGCUGCUUAUCUGUCCUUUUCUGGCCAAGAAGAUCCUCAACAGCAGCGAGCCGAACGCAGGAAGAAAAAAUCUAGAUCUGUGUAUGCGAUCCCUGAAAGUGAUAAUGCAAACACUGAGUAUGAUGAAGACUUCUAGAGACAGCACCAGUUCGAUUCAAGAGAAAAAUGCUUGAACUUAAAAAACGCUUAAGUGGAGAGCUGCAGAGACUCCCUGAUAUCUACUACAGCUUCUAAACGUCAACUGAGGAAUCCUCUGGCCCAGAUGUGGUCAGAGUACCUUAAUCAUGAAAGUAAGUUUAACAGCACUUUGCAAACUUUUGGCAGUAAGUUACAUGAGUAUUCACACUUGAAAGCAAAUAUAAAAAUUAAUAAUGCUUUUAUGUGAACAAUGUGAGUGUGUGAAUGGGUCUAAUGUGUGGAUGCUGCACAUGGCUUCAAUAAUAAAGCCAAGCAUUAUUCAAAUACAAAGUAUUAUCGGGAUAUCAAAAUAUUGUCGGGAUAAAUAAUCUAGAAUACUAGUACUGCUGGUUCAAACUAUUUACCUUUGCCAGUUAGAGUUGAAUGUAGAGUUGAAUAUACACAAUGUGAUCAUCAGCUAAGUCACGUUGCAAUGUAGGUUUUUAGGUUUUAGACCAUCAUGGUAUUUUUAGCAAAAUGUAAAAUAAAAAUGGAUAACAUGACAUAAUGGCAUUUGUCAGAACAGAAAUCAACUAUUCUACCUAAUAUUGCAAAAAUAUCAUAUAUAGUGUAUUACAGAUACAAUAAAUUUAUUUUAAAAAAUGCCCUUUUGCAUAAGCUUAGAAAUGUUUUAACUGCAAGUUCAAAACAUUGGUUAAGAAGUGGGUUGCUCUCCUCUAGCUUUACCACCCUGACUGUCUCUGUUCUUUCCAAUGGGAAAUAUUUCCAAACCUCUAAGUGAGAAAAAAAAGUAGAGGCCUUCUUUCAGCCUGCUGGUGAGCAGUGCAAAGCAAGACGUGAACUUCAUUUUUCAGUGCACCAUACAAUCGGAGAAAACUGGCACUUUUACUGGUAUCUUAUUUUAAGACCUGUAGAAACAGUGUGACAGGAAUUUUUUUGCAUUUCUUUAAAAAAAAAUGUCCAUCAUACCAGUAACCAGCCCAUGCCUGACUGCAAAUAUGCAUCUCUGGUAUUGAAUUUACAUAUGUGCAACUGAAAUAAUGCUGCUAUGCCCCAAAAAAAACGUACUAAAUGCUAUGCUGUGAAAUGCACACACUCUGUACCGAUGAAGAGUCCAUCAUCCUGGCAUCCCAAAUGCAUCAUGUGGCUUCAACAAGAGGGCUGUUUGACCCAUUUUCUAAUUAAUUGGAAUGCAUACAACUUCAGCCUGAUAUGCUUAGGUGUUCAUUGCAGAAAAAGAAAAAAGGAAAGCAAUACUGUUGUCAUGGCAACAAGUAACUUAGUGGGCUUGCUUACGUAGCACUUGGUAAAGUAGAGUUGGUGUUUCUCAAAAUGUGUUUCAUUUCAUUUGUGCGUGGACCAAUGUAACAAAAAAACCUUUUUAAAAAACACCGACAUACAUGGCUAGCUAAGAGCCAGCAGUUUAGGGACAUUCAUAAUUUUUUUUCUUUGAUAAAUAAGAUGCUACGAAAUCUGCAACAUUAUGCACCUUUAUAGCAAUAGAAAUGAUUGACUAUGUUUUACACAAUCAAUAACAUUUAACCAGAUCAACUCCUGAAUGGGUACCAAAAUGUCAUCUACUUCUUGCUUUUUAUUAUUGUUAUGUUGUUGCCCUCUCCAACAUAUGUGUUGUUUAUGACUGCAUCAGUUUUUUUUUUUUCUUCUUGUAUGAUGAAAUGGAGUGUUUGGCUGAAAAUAACAUUUGAUGCAAGAGUUCCUUUUUGAUCAACUGAAAGUGUUAAAAAAUAUUUCUUGUAGUCAAGGAAAUGUACAAUUACUGUUCUGCCUUAACUACAAAAGUAACCCCCAAUGCCUUUACAUGUAUUUUUCCACUAAUCCCUGAAAGGUUAUUCAUAUAAUAUUGGUAUUUGCAUUUAAAUGUCUAGCUUAGUUAUCUUUUAUCUUUUCAAGUUGAACAACUACUAUUGUGUAGUAACUUCUAUAUUUAGUUGCAAUACUGUAAAUGUAAAUGUGUGCAGUGCUUCUGUUAAAUAUUUGUAGCUUUUUCAACAAUCUUUUUCAAAUGUAUUUAUGUUUUUUUUAAUGUGCUAAAGCAAUGUUUGUCCUAUAUGUAUAAAUGAAGUUGUUUAGCUAGUGGGGUCGAAUCUAAAGAUACGCCGUGUCUGUGCUGCCAUACUGUGAAAAUAAUAAGUUCCUCAGUACUAUGCUGGAUGAUUUUUUUCAGUCAGUCAGUCAGUCAGUCAGUCAGUCAGUCAUUUUCUACCGCUUAUUCCAUAGUGGGUCGCGGGGAAGCUGGUGCCUAUCUCCAGCAGUCUAUGGGCGAGAGGCAGGGUACACCCUGGACAGGUCGCCAGUCCAUCACAGGGCAAUUUUUCUACAAACUUUCCACUAAAAUCUUCUCACUUUUAAACCCUAUUUGAUCAGAUGAUUAGCAGAUGAUUAGCAUAUGAUUAGCAGAAGGACAGAUGCAUAUCUCAGUAAUAAGUAUCAGCUAUUACAGUGGAAUUAGUUAUAAUGGAACAAUUAAAAGUUCUCUUUUUGGAACAUGAUCAUACUUGAUCCUAAGAUAAUUUUCUCUUCAGCAUUUUACACUUACUUGGCCAUAAAUGUUACUAAUCAUUGACACAAACGAGGCCACUAUCUGUGAAGAACAUUUAGGAGUGAAAAGAAAGUGCUCUAAUGGUUUUGAAUUGUUUUUGCCUAUUUUAAGGUUAGCUAUCUGUGGCUCUUUGCUCUUUGGUGUUGCACCGCGUCAAAGUUCAUAAGCGGAACAAAUAUGCCCAAAAAUGUAUGGUGAGUCAUACGACAGGCGGUCAGAGGAAAAGGUCAUGGUAGGCAUGUUGAAACACAAGUGAUAUUGGAACUGGCUUUCAAGAUCACAUAUCAGUUACAAAAUGAAAAAAAACAUGAAUUUUGCAACUCACAAUUAUCCCAAAAUUAUGUUUUCUGUCUCUAAUCUUUGCAACUGUGUGGAAUAAUCCACUGUUUUGUCUGAAUAUGCUUCAAAAGCAUUAAAUAUAAAAGUAGAAAAACAAAUGAGUAAAGCAGCCAAACAUCUUUGGAUAAAAGUUGCUAAACCAUU